AUGUCCAGUGCUAAGCGCGGCCACAAAUCCAGCAAGUCCAGCGAGCCCCGACCAAUGUUGGACAUCUUCAACGAUCAACUUCCCACACAAGACAGCGCCGUGUAUGGCAGAUUCUUGAACUAUUCUAAGCUGGACUCGGUCAAGGAUGCCCAGGAUCGGGCCGGUGAGAAGAUAAAAGCAUUUGAGGAUGCGAUGCGUUGCGAAAAACCCGAAGUGUCCAAGCAUUCAGAUGCGCACAAGUCUUGA